AUGUCUGGCACACCUUCGCCUGCUGGUUCACGCGUUCCGUCCACCGCCAGACCACCACCCUCGCCGCUGCGCUCCGCUUCAUCUUCAGGUCCCAUUGCCGCCUCGUCCUCCAGCAACGUCGCGCAGCUGGGCUCAGCCCCUGCUGCUACCUCCAAACGCCCCCCAAUAGCUUCCUCUACGCCUCCACCUGGAGGAAAAGCUCGCGCGAGGGAUUUGCUUCGAAAGCAUUAUGGGUUGGGUGUCGGUGCUCCCCCUCCUCGCACUGGGAACCCUGCUGACCCGAUGGAUCUGAAUUCUCCAGCGUUCGACGCAAAGAGCUAUUACGAACAACUGAUAACGACGUCGUCGUUGCCUGCUUUGCUGAAACGCGAGAAUGAAUUCAUAACAGAAAUUCGACAACUGGACAGCGAGAGGCAGUCAUUGGUGUAUAAUCACCACCAUGAGCUCAUAGCGGCGAGUGACACCAUCGCAGCCAUGAAGACGAGAGCGGAAAGCCUCGACGGCGACCUCGACCUACUCAGAGCUGCUUUUUCUGAAAUAUCACGGCUUUGCGCCGAAGUGUCCUUCGAAAACAAUGCUGCGAGCGAUAGUGGAGAAACAAAAAACUCAUCGGACGUCGUUCCUGCUACAUAG